AUGACGGCGACUGAGCUUCUCGAGCACUCUACACAUUGCAUCAUGGAGGGCCUAUUCUACAACGUCAAAUACGGCUACAUCGAGGGUGUCGUGCGCGGCUACCGCAAUGCGCUGCUCACCAGCCAGAACUACAGCAACUUGACACAGUGCGAGACCAUCGACGACGUCAAGCUGCAGCUAUCGCCCGCGUACGGAGACUUCCUCGCCUCCCUGCCUCCCAACCCGUCCACAUCUGCGCUCGCCGCCAAAACAACUGACAAGCUCGUCGCCGAGUUCCGCUACAUCCAGGCCAAUGCUACGGGAUCUCUCUCCAAGUUCAUGGAAUAUCUGACUUACGGAUACAUGAUCGACAACGUUGCGCUGCUGAUUACGGGUACGCUGCACGAAAGGGACACUCGCGAGCUGUUAGAGAGGUGCCAUCCGCUUGGCUGGUUCGAGACGAUGCCGGUGCUGUGCGUAGCCACAAACAUUGAGGAACUCUACAACUCUGUCCUGAUCGAGACACCACUUGCGCCGUACUUCAAGGGCUCGCUCAGCCAUCAGGACUUGGACGAGCUGAACAUCGAGAUCAUCCGCAACACCUUGUACAAGAACUACCUGGAAGACUUCCACAACUGGGUCAACACCGAUCCUGAGAUCGCUGGAACGCCCACUUCGGACGUCAUGUCUGAAGUCCUGCAAUUCGAGGCGGACCGCAGGAGUAUCAACAUCUCGCUGAACUCGUUCGGUACCGAGCUUUCCAAGGCAGACAGGAAGAAGCUCUACCCUGCGUUCGGCAAGCUCCACCCGGAGGGCACCAUGAUGCUGUCGCGAGCAGACGAUGUCGAGGGUGUUCGUAUUGCUGUAGAGAGCGUCGCAGAGUACAAGACCUUCUUCGAUCAGACAGGCCUCAGCCAAGGUGGCGGUGGCGGUGUUGGUAACAUGUCUGGUGGCACAGGCGGAGAAUCAAGGAGCUUAGAAGACUUGUUCUACCAGAAGGAGAUGGAGAUUUCGAAGCUGGCGUUCACCUAUCAGUUCACGCACGCUGUUGUCUACGCAUGGGUCAAAUUGCGCGAACAGGAAAUCCGCAACAUUACCUGGAUAGCUGAGUGCAUUGCGCAGAACCAGAAAGAGCGCAUUGGCAACUACAUCAGUGUCUUCUAA